AUGUCUGAAAGCGAAGUUUCCACCUCUUCUACCAGCUUCGUCAAUGGAGCCACCUAUUCCAUCAAGGUCUCUGGAUCCGGUGCUCUGAGCGUCGUCCCCGGCAAAUACAAAAAUGAAGAAGUCCACAUGCGAAUUUGGGAAAAGGCCCGCAAUCAGCUUUGGCGCGCAGAAGCCAACAAUGAUGGAUUUGGAUUUCGCAACGCUAGUACCGGCAAGCUCUUGGGUGUGAACAAGAACGGAGAUAUUGCCUGCGAUGCAAGUGACCUGAACAGCUGGGAGAGAUUCAAGUUCGAGGGUGCCAGUUCGGGCUCACUUUUCUCUCUCAUCUACAAUGGUUCUCAGCAAUAUCUCUAUCAGCCUGCUCAGUGGGACUCGCUUCAGGUUACCGAACACAGAUCGCUUGCUGCUAAUAUCACCGUUACGCGGGAAUAA